UAACUUCAUUUCUCUCUAGUUAUCGAGUAGUAAAUAACAUAGAAUCUAAUAAAAAAUGGUAAUAGACAUUAAACAAUAAAGAUGCAGUUUUGUGUGUUAUUUCUAAUAUAAAUGUUAUUUUGCCGUAAUGUGAGAAGUAUGAAAUAAGUUUGGCGAAUACCUUCUCAUUGCACGCGAUAUUCGAUGGCGAUUUUGACGAUGAUAGUCUCGUAUCAAUUAAAUCGCCUAAAAGUCUUUUUUUUAUGUGAAUAAUCUCAAAUCUAACAGUCAACAGAUUGUCUACUUAUAAUGUCUGUUGCUGAAUUUUUAAAAGGCCUUCCAUCACAUGAUGAAAACAAUUUCGCAAAUUUUCAUACUGAUAAUGGAAAUCGGACAUGUGUCAAGAGGCCAUCAGUUUAUCUUCCUACUAAGGAUUAUCCUUCCGAACAAAUCAUAGUUACUGAGAAAACCACCAUUUUAUUGAGGUAUCUUCAUCAACAAUGGGAUAAAAAGAAUGCAGAUAGAAAGAGAGAAUUUUUGUCUACCAAUGGUGAUUCUCAGGAUGAUGCAUCUACAGUACGCAGUAAAAGGCCACGUCUCGAUUUGAAUAACAGUCUUUAAAAUAUGUUUUUCAUAUGAAAAUAUUGGAUAAUUAAUGAUUUAUACACGAUAUAAAUUAAUUAUUCCUAACGAACAUGAUGUUGAUGGGUAUUAUAUAAAGGUAUAUCAUUGGUUAAACUUACAAAAGUAAAAUAUGUCCUUUUUGACAAUAUUUUUUAGUAAAUUAAUUUUUUUUUUAUUCUGAUUUUGUUAAAAAAUUUAAAAGACUACAAAAUAUGAUGAAAUGAUGUGCUUCAUACAUUUAUAUCGUGAUAUAUUUUGAAUAUCCACUUUUUUUUUAUGCCAUCUAAAUUGUUAAAUCAUUGUGUUAAAUAUUACUUCACAUAGAAAUUGUAAUUGAAACAGCAAUUGUACUAUAUUUAAAUAUUGUUUAUAUUUUUUCCUUCCAAGAAAUUAUUUAUUAUCUUUUUUCAUAUAAAUUAUUUAUUAGGAAAGUGAAACUUAUUUAAAAGAGAUAGUAUACAUGUUUGUAUAUGCAAGACAAGUUAUUACUAUUUCAAAUUUUUAAAGCAUUUAUCUUGUUUUAAGAAACUUAUAAAUUUUUUACACAGUAUUUAUUAUAUUAUUUGAUCUAUUGCCAACUAAAUUAUAAAAUUAGUUAUAAUUAAAUAACAAUAAUAAAUAUGUAAUAAUUGUAUUAAAGGAAUUACCAUUUCAAAUAAAUUGUUUGUAUGUAUAGAUA